CUCUGUGCUCCUGCCACGGGCGGGCGGAGCUGCAGGAAGUGACGGGACAUGCCGGGAGGAGAAGUUGGGAGAAGUCUGAGCUGGGAGUGGGACAGUUUGAGAGCGGAGCCGGGGACAGCGGCUGGGCUGCGGGCGAGGGGAGGAGGAAUGACUCUGGGCUCCGCCGGGGCUUGCGGCGGGACAGUGGGACAGAGUUGCUGAAGCCGGAGGGAGAGCCGCGAUGCCCGCCGAGCUGCUACUGCUGCUACUGGCCGCAGUGUGGCUGGCCGGAGCUCCGCCCGCCGGGGCGCUGGUGGCCGGGCUCAGGGUCCGCGUCCGGCUGCCCGACGGACAGAUCGGCGAGGAGACGCUGGAAGCCGACACGGACACCGACUCCAUCAGCAUCGAGUUCAAGAAAAGCGACGGUAGCCUCAUCACCUUCAUCGCCGACCUGAGAAAGGAUGUGAAGAUUAUCCGUUCCUUGAUCUUGGGCGAGAUGGAACGUGGUCAAACACAGUUUCAGGGUCUGUGUUUCAUCACCAGGCUUCAUAAGAAUGAAAUUAUUCCAAGUGACUCCAUGGCAAAACUCCGACAGAAGAACCCGAGAGCCGUGCGCGUGGCAGAGGAGCAGCGAGGCCUCGAGCACUUGUACAUGGACGUGGCUGUGAAUUACAGCAGGGCCAGCCAGCUCAGCAUCCACGUACACAAUGUGUGCGCUGAGGCCACUGACGGUAUCUAUGCAAGAGAGAGCGACGUGAAGCACUGGAUGAAUUCAGGUGUCGAUGCUUCCAUCUUUGAAGCAAUCCACGUGUCAGAAGAUGUUCCUCGAUGUCGGACCAGCCGUGAGUGGUGGAAGGGCUGCAUCUGCCGCUACUCCUUGUGUGUGGAAUGGUACCCCUGCUUCCUGAAAUACUGUCGGACAAAGGAUGCCGCCGGGAAAACCAGCACCUACAAGUGUGGAAUCAAAAGCUGCCAGAAAUGUUCCCAGUUUGACUUCUAUGUCCCGCAGAAACAGCUGUGUCUGUGGGACGAGGACACUUAACCGUCACCCACUCCUCUUGUUUGACUGGGAGGGGUUUGGGGUGACAGUGCUAAUGAUAGUCUACGCAUUCAUCUUGCCUGCCAAAUGGAGACUGGGAAUCUGUUUCAGAGCUCUCUGGCUGUGGUCAUUAAUGAGGGGAGGGGAGGGGAUCGCUGGGAUGGGAGCGAGUCGGUGAGAAGUGGUGUGUUUGCAUUAGAGAUUUUUCAUCACGUGAAAAGGAGCCUAGGCCCCAGGCCCUCAACCGAGGCUGGGACUGGGAAUUGGUGGGGUUACUGUGGUUUGGGCCUUGCCUCUGCCACGAGGCCUUGUUCUGUGGUGAGUCCAUGCCCACGAUGGUGACAUCUGUACAUUUCAAGAGUGGUUUUAUUUAGGGGUGCUUGAAGAAUCUUCAGAGACCCUGAAUGUGUAAAACUAGUUUCACUUAUGGUUUUUUGAAGGACUGUAGAUUUUGACAUUGAGCCAAGUUUCAAAAUUAGGAAUUCUUAUACAGAGAGCCUUUCCUCAAGAGGUUGCCUAGUUUACUUUGUGGGGAGUUUGAAUUAACUAAUGCUGCAUUUUAACUAAUCUCCAUGGUCUAGGUUGUUUCAAUGGUGAUCAUUUCAAUGUUGUUUUGUUAACCAGCGAAGCUGAUUUAAUCCAAAGUGGAUCCUUGUUGAUUUGUAAGAAUGGCCAAAUCACUUGACCCUUUGGAUCGUAGAAACCAGCAAAUAGCUGCCCAGGCUAUAACACAAUUUUUACAUUUGAUAAGUGACAGAGGAGGUGGCCUCGAAUGGCUCAACAUUGGCAGAGUAGGGUACCAGACCACUUCAUCCUGGUGAUAAAAAGUGCCUCAGAUUGUUAGAUGAACUUUAACCAACACUCAAUAAGAUGUUUUACCCAUCCUCCAUGACGUAUGGCCAAUAGUUUAUUAGCUUGCAUAAGAUACAUAGAACCACCAUUCUUGAUGGCAAAAGCUCAUUCUUUGACCAGGCAUUGAAUCAAUAGUCAGGAGAGGUUAUUAACCACUAAAUUACUAGGUGCUAUUCAUGGGGCAGUUGUCUUACUCGUAUUAAAUUGUUCAUGAUGUGACGCCAAAUCCUGUUUUUUUGGGGGGCUUUUAAUCCAUUGAGAAUUAUCACAUGGAGUGUUAUCCAAUACAGGAGCAGCCAGCAAUUUGUCCUAAUGUCAGAAGAUUGAUGCAGAUGACAGAUGUGUCUUCUUUUAAUCUGCCAGAGGAGGUCAGGCUAUCUCAUGCCCCCACCCAGGAGUUCCACUAAGUGUUUCGUUCUUCCUAAGUGACUAACAUAUUAUUCGGUUUGUAUGGCUCUUUCUUCAACCAGCCUAUCUAUCUUGUAGCAUAGAUUCUAGGUCUGCAUUUUCACCAAAUACUUAAAUCACAACAAGCAAAAGUAAAGGAAAGCAGAUUUCCAGCAGUCCCGGUUCUUUGCACCUAUCUUUAUUUGCCAAAUUCAACAAAAAGGCUCUUGAGUUCUGUUUAAAUAUUGUAAAUCUAUGUGUGUAGUCUCCGUCCUGUGGAACUUAGCCAAAAUGUCCUGAGAUUGAAGUAGGAGGUUAUGUUUACAGGUAUUACAAUCUCAAUCUAAUACAGUAUCUCCAAUAUCCAGAGUGCUUUCCACAAUGAAACUUUAAAAAUAUAUAUAUAUAUAUUAUCCCCAGAAUAUAUUGGUAACAGGAAGGAAGCUUGGAGGGAAAGAUUAUUGUCUCAGAAUUGAGUUUUUAUUGGUGUUUUUCUUUGGAAAUAAUAGUGUGAAGUAGAAAUUGAAAUGGGACUAAGUAACCAAAGAUCAUAGCAACUGCACCAAGAUCCUUUUAACGUAAAACACUACCUUUCUGAGGUGAGUGUGUGGGGACCAGUGGGUGUGUAUAGUAGAUGAGGGAAAGACCUUGACACAAGCACAUCCUCUUCACUACUUUAAUAAUCUCUUGGCUUCCAGACAUUUCAAGGAAGUUUAAGACAAGCUGGUCUGUGACACGAACGUUUUUAAUAACAAAGUAAAACAGCAUAUGUUUGACUUGCACAAGAAUUGAUGCCAGGCCUUAACUCCUUGAUAUAUGUUUGUACUUUUAUUGGUAUUGGUUUUAGUUUAUUGUCACAUGCAUCUUGAUACAAUGAAAAAAAGUAGUGCUGUGUACUAUCUAGAUCUUGCCAUACAUGAAUACAACCGGUAAUGCAAAGGAGAAAAUAAACGGAAUGCAGAAUAUAGUGCUACAGCCACAGAGAAACUGCAGAUUUAGAAAAAGUAAGUGUAGGGGUCACCAUGAGGUAGUGCAGUUUGUUCCAGAGUCCAGAAAAGCUGUUUUUGAAUUUGGUGGUACAUGCUAACAAGCUUUUGUAUCUUCUGUCUAAGGGGAGAGGAACAAAGGGAUAAUAAUUGGUGUAUGAGCCGUCCUUGAUAAUAUUGGCUAUCCUGAGGCGGUGUGACUAUAUUGUGUAUAUAUUUACACAAUUUAUUCCCCGUUUGUGCAAGUAAAAUAACACUGGACUUGUCGUGGACUUUGUCAUGGACAAUGUGCCUUUGAAUGUCCAUUUUGUUUGUCUCCCUUGGUUGGGGUCAGCAAGGGUAAUGUGAUGAGUUCUAGAGCUGUGUAGGUAAGCUGAUGAUCUCACUCUGGGCAAACAAGAGUGUCUUACUCUGGGCAAACUGUGAGUUUUUGGUCAUGACUUAGAAGGGGGAUUAUAGUUGUUCCAGCACAGUUUGUUACUCCAUUUCCUAGCCACACUGGAACAUGGUUCUCUAAUUCUUCCUCCUCGCCUUCUCUUCAGGAUGUGAGUUUAGUGUUUUUCCUCAUGAUAAUCUUCUGGUCUCAAAUGCCGUUAACCACCAACUCUUUGCACGGACCUGUAGAAUGGCCACCGCUUCAGUUUAGUUUACUGUCACAUGUACUUAGAUACAGUGAAAAGCGUUUGAAAUGCUUCAGGUGUACGUUCAGUGUUUUGCAGUUGUCCCUCGUGAGGGAUCAUCGGCAAGAUAGAAAUUGGUUCCCUUCAUUUCACGUCCAUCCAUGUCACUCUAUUUGAGGCGAGACCAUGUUCUCGACUUGUUGUCCAAUUUGGGGUUGAGAGGAGCUGAGCCUGUGAUGUGUCACCAGACCCGUGCCUGGUUUGACGGGCUGCCGUUAGAGGUAGUACUUUGGAGACACCAGAGCUUCGGGUCAAGCAUUAGAGGACCCAUGGUGUUAAUGAGAAUAUUUUUGGGAUGUUGUGGGAAAAGGUUUUGUAGGAUGUAGCAUGGAAAGCCUUCACCUCAAUAACUGCAAUCUCACAAAAGUGCCUUCUUGUCCUGUUCAUUGUUUCAGAUUCCUAACAAAUUAUUUUUGUAUUAAUGUGUUUUUUAAAAAAAAUUAAAAGAUGGCUUUAUUCAUUA